AUGUGUCAAAGACGUGCAACAAACCACAGUGGUAACAGCUACUUGGGCAUCCAUCUGGGCAUUGAGCGUCUGGAGGCCGUUCUGCUGAAUGCCGAACUUCAGGUCACCUACACUGCUGUGAUACGCUACGAUGUGGAUCUGCCCGAAUAUGGGACAAUAUUUGGUGUUAAUUUCAACGCUCUUUCCAAUAAAUUCCAAAUAAAUCCCGUAAUGUAUAUUAAAGCGCUGGACAUGCUCCUCAAUUGUCUUGCGUCGCAAGGAGCCGAUUUACAUUCAGUGGCAGCAAUUGGUGGUGCAGCACAUCAAUAUGGCGCCAUCUAUUGGUCGCUAGCAGGGUUUCGCUCACUCUGCGGACUAAAUCCAUUGAUGCGUUUGCACGAGCAGCUAACUGAGAAAUCGUUUUCGUUUCGCAGUUUCUUCUAUAUGAAUGAUUCGCUCAAUGUGCAGAGUUACGAUAUGGACGAACAACUGGGUGGUGCCGAGCAAAUCUCAAUGAUAACGGGAUCAAAAAGUUUUGUGCACACCACAGCUUCUGAAAUACGUAAGGUAUUCCAGGAUUAUCCAUUCGAAUAUGGAAAUACCAUGCGCAUUUCGUUGAUGAGCAGUUUUCUUGCUUCACUAUUCGUUGGUAAUAUUGCCUCAAUUGAGUAUUCCGAUGCCUCACGCAUGAAUCUAUUGAAUAUUGCGGAGAAACAAUGGUCGCCAGAGUGUUUGAAUGCCUGUGCGCCAUGCUUAAGUUUGCGUCUAAUGAAGGCCAUAGCCACGAAUCGACUGCAGGGUCGCAUUGCGGAUUACUUUGUCAACCGAUGGAACUUUAGAAGUGAUUGUAUUAUUGCCACAGCCACUGGCAGCACCGCCUCAUUUUUGGCCAGCCUCAACUUGGACAGCUGCUUUCUGUUUAUAUCACUCUCCGACCGUGAUGAGCUUGUCAUGAGGUUUACUCAACGUCCGAACUUGACAGAGGGUUGCAUCAUCUGCCAUCCCACGUUGCCCAACGAAUAUGUGGGUCUGAUUCGCUUUCGCAAUGGUGGAAAGGUUCGUGCCAGGAUUUGUAAAGAGGUGGCGAAUGGAGAUUGGUUGGAAUUUAAUGAAAUGUUAAAUGCCACACCUAUGGGCAAUGACAACCAUAUAGCAGUGCAUUUCGACGAGCAGGACUAUAUACUUAAGACCCAUGGCACCCUACGUUGGACAAAAUAUAAUGAUGAACUAUCCAAAGAGGUGCUGCAGGCCACACAGCAAUUUCCUGAUCCCAAACUGGAGGCUCGUGCUCUUAUAGAGGGUCAGCUAAUGUAUUAUCGUGCUAUAGCAGCCAAAUCGGGUUUCAUUUUGGGACCAGAUACCAAAGUCCUUGUUUCAGGCAACUACUGCAGCAGUCAAAGCAUACUACAAAUUGUUGCUGAUAUUUUCAAUGCACCUGUGUACAUAAUUAAGGGUCCUGCGGCAUAUGUCAUGGGUGCCGCUUACCGUGCCCGUUAUGCUUUCUAUGAGUAUCGUGAGGAUAACUGCAAUUGCAGAAAAUGCCGCAAUUGUCGUGGCAGAGACACGCGACUUAGUUACUCAGAAUUUAUACAGCAAAUACCAGAUAAUCUUAGCUUGGUAGCCGAACCGACUGCAGGCUGUGCUGCCAUCUAUGAACCUUUGAUGGCACGCUUUAUGAGAAUGUGUAGUCUUCUUGAAACUGAGAAAACAGGAAAAAAAUAA